ACCAACUUACAUGAUCCAACCGCCUGAAUGUAAAAUAAUUGACGACUGCAAUCGUUAAACAAAUAACGAAAUAAAACUCCAAGGUGUACUGCGAUAGCUACUUUAUAGUCGGUUUAAGCUUGUACUGGGAUAGUAUACGUGUAUAUAGAUAACUAAACAAUAUCUAUCCUGGAAAUGAAAUUCGUAACAACUAUUACUGCAGUCGUUCUAUCGCUGUUCCUACUGUUAGCGAUCAAGCCGAUCGAUGCUCGUUUUUUGAGAUACAUUUGGCAAAAUGUAAUCAAGAACAAGCCAGUCGAAAAUGACAACACCCUUAUUCAGCAAGACGCGGUUGAAAAUUACAACGCUCCAGUUCAACAAGACGUGGUCGAAAAUUACAAUGCUCCGAUUCAACAAGACGCGUUCGAAAAUUACAACGCUCCGGUUCAACAAGACGCGGUCGAAAAUUACAACGCCUUGGUUCAACAAAACGCGGUCGUAGGUGAAGAAAUCAAUCAGUCUGCAGAAGAUUCAAUCUAUUCAGACCAUCGAUCAAUUUUUGUCGACGGGACUACCUUAGAUUUUGUCUAUUGGAACUCAGACCUUGGAAAUAAUAAAUCAAUAAUAAUUGAAUUUGGCAAUGAAAAACAAAUAAUCAAUCAUUGGAUCAGGGGUCAACCUUUAAAAGUCAUAACGCAUGGAUGGCGUGGAUCAGACGAAGAUGACAGAGGAGUGUUUUCUAUAAAAACUGCGUAUGUGGAUGCUGGAGGAUUCAACAUUAUCACCGCGGACUGGAAUCGGGUGGCAAGUAACAUAAUGUACCCAAUGCCAGCCUAUUUGACCGUUCAGGUGGGUUCCAUAAUCGCCAAAAUGUUGGAAAAUUUUGUCAACCUCGCGGUAAUUGACCCUUCUGAUAUUCAUGUUAUCGGCCAUAGUCUCGGUGCUCACGUGUCUGGGGCAUGUGGCGCUGCAUUCAGCCUUGGGAAAAUUGGCAGAAUUACAGGUCUAGACCCUGCCGGUCCUGGAUUCGAGUACGUGUCAUUCCGUUCAGACUACCUAGACAAUACAGACGCAACAUUUGUGGACGUGAUCCAUACGGCGAUAGGGACACUUGGAUACUCGAAAGCCAUAGGACACGCUGAUUUUUAUCCAAACGAGGGGAAACCCCCUCAACCAGGGUGUUUAGAAUCAUACACGCCGAGCGGGAUAGCAAAGCUCAUCGGUUGCAGCCAUUCGAGAUCGCAUCAAUUUUACACAGACUCCAUCCACCAUAGGAAUUCGUUUCUAGCUACAGAAUGUCCUACAUGGGACGAAUAUACGAGUGGUGAAUGCAAAAAUAAUAAUAAAAGUUAUAUGGGACAUGACGCAGAUCCAAAAGCGAGAGGAAUAUUUUACCUGGAGACCAACAGUGUUCCCCCUUAUGGAUUGUCGAAUACAUGAAAACAUAAGCCACAGUCUUACACACGAUUUUUUUUUGUUUAUGUACAGUUUCUUUACUAUUUUUCAUUUCAAUUUAAAAACUAUAAAAUGUUUAUUUUUAUGGUAUUUUUAAGAUUUAUGUUGAAUUAAUAAACAGUUUAUAAAUAUAUUAUAUAUAUUCAAUA